AUCAAUCGGGUUUUCAUGAGUGUUUUUCCACGUUCACGGCACAGAAGAAGGGUCAAACUACCAUCAGGGUCAUAAAAGUACCGAUGGAAACGCCCGAACCCCCCACGAAAGUCCUGUCAAAUGUGAGUGUGUAGCAGUGCAGCAACGCCAGCACCAGCGAGCGGCAGUUGUGUGUAGAGUGUCCUGCGUGAGAGAGGUUCGCCGCUGCACGCUCCUGGGUUGCUCACAUUGACAGUGGAGUGGCGUUGAUACAUUGCCCGUGGAUUCCCUUGGAUAAGCAUAACCUUGGAGCAGAGGAUCAUCGCCCAACAAAGACAUAGAGGCAGCAGCUCUGACGCCAGCCGGGCAGCAGCUGCUCACCAUGUGGCAGACCCAUCGACUCAUCCCACCCACCGUCCCUUCUCGAUGGGUGAGGUCAGGAUCAGCCAGCCAGACACGCGCCUCGACUCAUGCCAUGGGUGCUGCAGACCCUACCCUCCCACCCUCUUGUUAAUGCUCGCCACAUGUUACCAGUGAUCCGCCUGUCGGUAGCCUUGAGGCCUUACAAACGUCCCCUGCCUGCAUGGCGGUGACGGCCGGCCGGCUGACACACGAGUGCAUUGAGGUGCGGCGGCUGGCUGGCUGGCUCGCGUUGGCAGAUGUUGGCAGACUGAACUGGACUGGCUCUCCUUGUAGACGCCCUUUGUUGUUUUGGUAUCUUUUGGACAUCACAAGAAACAGAUGUGUGGCCUCCGGAGCUGAGAUUUCCCCCACCAGCCAUGCACGGGUUGAUGGUGAGCCUAUGUCAGCGGCGGGACCAAGGGCAGUGGAAGAGUCACACCCGUGCACGAAGAUGAGGUACUCCGAGAUGCCUAGAGACAUAUCCUGUGAUAGCCUUGCUGCCCUCCGCAUCAAUGAGAGUGUGAUGGACAGCGAUGAUGACGAGGAGCGCAGCAGUGGUUGUGGGGGUGGGAGGAACAUGGCCAUGCCCAUGUGUGCUCGUGGUACUUCUCCCCCAUCUUCUGUGUACCGAAAGGUAGUUCAAGAAUCAUACUACGACACAAGUGACAGCAUGAAGGCAUUGACAAAAGCUGCAUAUAGUUAUGGAACACUACCAAGAAUCCACAGUCACAAGUCAGCCAGUUUGCCAGCUAGAGGAAAGGAUACUGAGUCUCCCCCAGUGUUGGAUGUGUUGCGUGUGCUACCUGAAGAUCUUGCAACACAGAUCACCCGAAUGGACUUCCCAGUAUUCAAGGCAAUCACUCCUGAGGAGCUCACCUCAUGUGGAUGGACUAAAAAGGACAAGUUAAAAUCCUCUCCAAAUGUUGUUGAAUUCACUCGUAGAUUCAAUCAUGUGAGCUUUUGGGUGGUGCGAGAGAUACUAAAUGCUGGAGGAGUGAAGCAUCGAGCCGAAAUGAUGACUCAUUUUAUAAAGGUUGCAAAAAAACUCAAUGAACUUCACAAUUUCCAUUCUCAAUUUGCCAUUGUCAGUGCUCUUCAAUCUGCCCCAAUUUACAGGUUAACUAAAACUUGGGCUGCCCUCUCUCGCAAGGAUCGACAGCAUUUUGAGCGCAUGACGGAACUUUUUAGCGACAAGAACAACUGGGAACAACUACGCAGUCAUGUGUCCAGUCUCAAGCUACCCAUGAUACCUUACCUUGGUUUGUUCCUCACUGAUCUCGUAUACAUCGACAUGGCUCAUCCUCAUUUUGGGGGUCUGGAGUCUGAGCAGCGACAGUUAAAGAUGAACAACAUUUUAAGGGUGUUGGCAGACUACCAAAGAUCAGACUACUCUGCUCUGCCACACCUACAGCAUGUGCAGGCAUACCUUGCCUCUGUCAGAUACAUCGAGGAACUUCAGAAGUUUGUAGAAGACGAUCACUACAAGCUGUCCUUACAGUUAGAGCCCAAUACUCCAGGCAGCAGCAAUAGUGCAAGCAAAGACAGUGUGGCUGACGCUGCUGGUGGGAUCAGCUCGCUCAACGUGUCACCCUCUUCCCGCCCGGGUGUGGGUCGACCACCAGCUCCCCCACCCACUUACUCCUGCCCAGCGCAUGGUUCACAGUCCAAGUUUGUCCCAACACACAGGAAGGCUCGAAGUCUAGGAACUAAUCAUCCAAGUCAGAAUUUGCAAAUACUAUGUGACAGGCGGACAUCUUGCAGCAGUAUUCACAUGUAUCUCAGCCAGAUCAUAUUCAAAGGAUGUUCGGGGUCAAGUGAAGGAACACGCUGUGACUCUGUGAACAGCCUAGCAAGCCAUGAGCCAGGCUGCCCCUCAGCUCAGGGAACACAAGGCUCAAGGCACUUGCUGGAUGACUCUGAGCUAGACCCUCCUCCACCUCCUCAACAUGACUGCACCUCCCCACCCUCACACACACUCACCCGCACUUGGUCAGGUCUGUCAUCUGAUUCUGACACAGAGGUAGUGUUUGAAGUGAGUGGAGAGGAGUGUGGAGUACAGGGGCCUCUGAGGCGCAAGACAGUUAUCAAGGAUGGACGUCGACCAGCUGUAUCUGCCUGGCAUAGAUACUGGGUCCAAUUGUGGGGAGGAGCUUUAGUGUACUACCACCCGAAGAGUCUUACUUCCCGGGGCCAAGAACGUGCUGACUUCAAGACAUCCCCAUGCAAACUGCAGCCUCUGAUGGGGUCAGAGGGCAAGCUGGUGUUGGUUGGCCCACAUGAUGCACAAUCCCAGCCUGAUGUGUUUCAGGUUAGGGUUUACUCCUUGCUUUCUGACCCUGCCAAGGCCACAAUAUACAAGUUUCGGGCCCCCUCUGUGUCUGCUGCCAAAUCAUGGAUCUCGAACCUUCAACAAGCUCUUUCAGAAAACACUCAAUUACCACCAGACUCUUUGGAAAACUUAAUGACAUUUGAGUAAUUAAAUCUGUUUGCAUUUUUAAGUGUUAAAACUGUAGAUUAAUGAUGAAAUGAGCAUAAACAUGCAUAUGCUUACAUCAAAAUAAGAAAAAAACUAAAUUAUGUUCUUGACUGUAUGUGGUAUUUAUUUGUAUUACAAGUUAAUCAACUCCAGCCCAGAGAAACUAUUUGCAUACAAACAGCAGUGUAUUUCACUUUGCUUUCAGUUAGCAAAAUAUUUUAUUUUGCAAAAAAUGUUGUUACUUUUCUCUUUUUGUAUAUUUCAAUAGGUAUAGAAAAGCUUGGAGUAUAUAGUUUUAUAUAGAUUUUAGGAACUGAGGAGAGUGAAAUUACUGCCCUUAUUUUUUUUUUUUUUUUUUUUUUUUUUUUUUUUUUUUUUAGUAGCUUUGUGCCAGUAUGAUCAGGAUCCAGUCAGAGUAAUGGCACCUUGUGUUUUACAAAAAGGUAAACCAAAUAGUUAAUCAAGGAGACAAUUUCUGACUUACAGUGGUCCUGGAAACCUGGUGUUGUAUUUGUGAGAAUACAGGAAAAUAGUUUCAAAAGGAUGAGUGUAGUCAUGUUGGUUAGUUCCUGGUGCUGAAGGAGUGCCAGUAAUGGUCAGAGAAACAUAAGUCUAGUCUUGCUACAGUCUUAACUGCCAAAGGAGUUAUGUGGUUACUUGUGUGAUACCACAGAUAAAGUAUUUAUAACGGAUCAUUAAAGGGAUGUAUGUCAUAAAAUGUACAAGAAAAUUUAUCCUGAUACAUAAUAUUACUGUCAGUCCAUUACAAGUAAUAAAUUUGUGAGGUUUCACAAGUUC